CGAGUCGAGCCUUGGGAAUGUUUGAAAAAAAAAUGGAGUUUUCUAAAUCAUAUGUUGUGAUGGUCAUUGUUUUCUUCAUCAACUUCUUUCAUGGUGGUUUUUGUUUCACGACCUUUGUGUUUGGAGACUCGCUUGUUGAUGCAGGGAAUAACGACUAUAUUUUCACCCUAUCCAAAGCUGAUUCUCCACCAUAUGGUAUUGAUUUUAAACCCUCCGGUGGCCAACCCACAGGAAGGUUCACCAACGGUCGAACUAUUUCAGAUAUUAUCGGGGAAUAUCUUGGAGCCAAAUCAUUUCCUCCACCAUUUCUAGCUCCAAUAAGUACACAAUCAGACACAAUAAUAUAUAAAGGAAUAAACUAUGCUUCUGGAGCUUCUGGCAUCUUGGAUGAAACUGGUCUUUUAUUUUUGGGAAGGAUUUCACUUAGGGAACAAGUGAAGAAUUUUGAGGAGAGUAGAAAUGCGAUGGUGAAAGUGAAGGGAGAGAAUGAAACAAUGGAGGUUUUGAAGAAUUCAAUUUUCUCUUUAACAGUUGGAUCCAAUGAUAUAAUCAAUUAUAUUCAACCCUCCAUUCCAUUUCUCCAAACAAACAAGCCUUCCCCAAGUGAUUACUUGGAUCAUAUGAUCUCAAAUUUAACAGUACACCUCAAGCGAUUGCAUGCGUUGGGAGCACGAAAGUUCGUAGUGGUUGGAGUUGGACCGCUUGGUUGCAUUCCAUUCGUACGAGCGAUACAUUUUGUAACAAAUGAAAAAUGCUUAGAAGAAGUGAAUCAAUUGAUCGAAACCUAUAAUUUUCGGCUUAAUGGAGCGGUUGAUCAAUUAAACUUAGAGUUUGGUCUUAGUACCAUGUUCAUUUAUGCCAAUUCAUAUGCGGUCUUCACGAAGAUUAUUGUCAAUUAUCGACAAUAUGGGUUUGUGAAUGCAAAGCAACCAUGUUGUGUUGGAUACUUUCCUCCUUUCAUUUGCUACAAGGAUCAAAACCAAUCAUCAAGCUCUUUCUUGUGUGAGGAUCGAUCUAAAUAUGUGUUUUGGGAUGCAUAUCACCCAACAGAAGCUGCUAAUAUCAUAAUUGCCAAAGAGCUCCUCGAUGGAGAUGAAACCAUUACUUCUCCCAUCAACAUUCGUCAAUUGUAUGCCUAUCGUUUAUAAUGUACUGUGUUUGUUUUUAGCUAUGUUUGUAUUGGUUAUUUUUACAUGUGAUGUGUAAGUUCUUCUCAUAUAUAAAAUAGAUGUGUUUUUCUUA